AUGAAGCUGUUUUUGAAUGAAUUUAUCACUGUGUUCUGUGUUGGAUGUGGAAUUGUUGCAGGGAAGGUGAUUCAGAGAGGCUUAGAAAUUACUGGAAAAGUUGUUUCUCCAUUAACAGAGACAAGCUACAAGGUGUCUCCUGUCGAAGAGAAAGUCUUGCAUCUUUCACAGUCAUGUAUUGGUGAAGUGAAGAAGGGAAAGGAGGAAACAGUGGUUGUGUAUGCAAAGAUUGAUAACCAAAAGCAUGUGAUUGCACACCUUAGUGCUGAUAAGUUCCCUCAGAUAUCUCAUGAUCUGGUGUUCGAGAAGGAAUUUGAGCUAUCUCACAGCUCAAAGAAUGGAAUCAUCUACUUCACUGGAUAUAUGUCUAUCCUUUCAGAAUAUGAUGAUGAAGGUGGUUUUCCUACUGAUUCUGAUGAUGAUGAUAUCCAUGUUGAGGAUUUACCUGUUGACAUUAAGGAGAAUGGAAAGGCUGCCAAACCUGAUGCUUCUGCAGCCAAGAAAGUGUAGGUUGUUGACCCCAAGGCUGAUGAUGAGGAUGAUUCUGAUGAAUCUGAUUCUG